UAUGAAGAACAUGUUUUACACGGUGAAAAGUUGCUACUCCAAAUUAAAACCCUAAUAUAAUUAUCCAGGAUUCUUUUUCUUUUAUUGCUACCUUACCUGAUUAUUACUUCAUUCCAUCUCCCCAUAUUCUCUUUUUUUUUUUUCUUUUUCUUUUUUAUAUACUUGAGCCAGAAAAUACGAGCUCGUCGUCACUAUCCGAACAAAAUGAUAGGGAAGAGUUGCACUGUAAAAUAAAAUUUUAUUUUUCCGUACUAAAAUUCUUUUGUAAAAAUUAAUUAUUUCAGCAACAUAAUAAUAUGACAUAAGUCAUAACUAAUGUAGAUAUAUAUGCAAACUUUUAAUUUAAGGAAUAAUCUAAAAUGAGAAUAAAUUCUGAGCGGAUCAGCCGAUAUUUAAUAUAAAUCGGAUUCCACUAAUUUUUUGACAUGUCCCGUUUAAAUUUGCACCCAUCUAAAAUUAAUUAUGUUUGAAAGAAUAGACAAAUGAUUUGAGGAGUAAAGUGAAAGUGAAAGUGAGCGUUGCUAAUUAUUUCCUUUUAACUCUAUUUCUACCUUCCCUGAUUGUCACUUCAUUCCCUAUAUAGAGUAAAUAAGAAACAUAUAUGCUUUGAUCAUCCAUCCCAAAAAAAAAAAUUACAAAGUUUAUGGCUUCGUCCAAUGUGGAAUACCCGUGGCCGGCAACCGUGAACGGGCCGAGCUUCAUAUCGAUGAAACUCCGUUUUCACGAGACAGACGGCACGAAUUAUAAAGCGUGGAAAGAACAAAUGCUUUGCCUGAUCGAAGGCCAGGACCUCCUCGGUUUCAUCGACGGCACCAUUCCACCACCGCCGUCGGCCCCCGAAACUUCAACUUCCACUUCCACCACGAUGGCGAGGGGGGGCAACGACUACCGUCUUUGGAGAAGAAGUGACAGGCUUCUUAAAGGAUGGAUCUUGGGCUCACUCCAUGAAGACAUGGUUUCCGAGGUUUCGGCCCUUGAAACUUCUAGAAACGUCUGGUUGCACUUGGAAAACACGUUUUACGAUCGACAGAAAAAUAUUCUAAAGUCAUUGGAAUAUUCCUCCACCGGCGAAAACAAGCUGCAUGAAACAAAGGAGGAAGAUCUCAUCAUGAAAUACAUGCCGUUGCACAAGGCAGCAUUAGAGGGAGACUGGGAGACCGCAAAAAGAAUCUUCGACCGAGAUCCACGAGCAAAAUCUGCGGUCCUCGAUAACACAGGGCUGACGCCUCUCCACGUGGCAGUUGGUACAGGGAAGAAGGGAAUCCAUUUCGUGCGAAACAUGGUCGAAUUAUUGAUGGCGGACGAUACCGGUGAGGAACUGAUGGCACGGAGAAAUGUCACGGGGCACACCGCACUACACUCUGCCGCAAAUGUAGACAACACAGAAGCAGCAACUAUUCUAGUCAACAGGAUGCCCCGUUUGCUGUACACUCCAAAUUUUCUCCGCAACGAUUUUCCGGUGCAUACAGCGGCGCUGUUUAGCCACAAACGAAUUCUUCUGUACCUUCUUCAGGCCACCAAGGAGCAAAAACCUUAUGAUUGCUAUGAUGGACUCAGACUUCUUGGGUACCUUAUUGAAGCUGAUUUUUUCGAUGUGGCAUUGUAUUUGGUUGAUAAGUACCCGUAUUUGGCCACACUAGUGGCACCGGACGGCGGUUGUGCUUUGUGGUGUAUAUCUGGAAACAAGUCUGCUUUUUCGGGUCGACGGCGCUUCAGCUUCUGGGAGCAUUUCAAUAUUCUCCACAGUACAUCUUCGAUCCUUAUGCAAAAUCUAACUGGCGAUGAAGAGGCGAAGUAA